GCCGCGAUGAACGCGGCCGAAACCAUCACGCUCGAGUUUUUGCAGGACCUCCUGGGCGGCGGAGACCCUCCGGUCACCGUCACCAGCUUCCAGGUGCGGUCGGGCGCGGGCACGGGCGACAACUACACGUCGACGCUGUACCGCGUGAGCGUGCGCGGCACGGUGGGCGGCUCGCCGUGGCGGCGCUCCCUCAUGUGCAAGUGCCUGCCCGCCGACCCGGAGCAGCGGCAGGUCUUCAAGUCCGACCUGCUCUUCCGCAACGAGGUCGCCUUCUACACUGAGGCGCUGCCCGCGCUCCUGGAGUUCCAGCGUGAGGCGGGCGGCGGCGGCGCGUGGCGCGGCGUGGCGCGCUGCCUGCUGGCGCGGGGGGACCUGCUGGUGCUGGAGGACCUGGCGGAGCGCGGCUUCCGCAUGGCGGACCGCCGCCGCGGCCUGGACGCCGCGCACUGCGGCGCUGCGCUGCGCCAGCUGGCGCGCCUGCACGGUCUCGCGCUCGCCAUGAAGCGCCGCCGCCCCCAGCGCUUCCGGCAGCGCGUCGCCGGCGCCCUCGCGGAGACCUUCUUCGUCGCCGACAACAGCGCCUGGUACCGCGAGUACUACCGCUCCGCCGCCGACAACGCCGUUGCCAUGGUGGGCAAGUUCCUGGCGGAGGAGGACGGGGAGGCGGGGGCGCGCUACCUUCAGAGGCUGCGCCACUUCGCCUGCGACGGCGACUUCUUCGGCCGCAUGGUGGCGCUGGUGCAGCCGCGCGAGCCGCUGGCUGUGCUCUGCCACGGCGACUGCUGGACCAACAACCUGCUCUUCCGGUACGGCGACGACGGCGCCAUUGUCGAGGUGUGCCUGAUCGACUUCCAGAUAGCGCGGUACGCGUCGCCCGCGCUGGACAUCAGCAACCUGCUGUACGUGUGCACCACGCCAGAGAUGCGCGCGCAGCACGGCCGCCAACUGCUGCGCGACUACCACAGCUCGCUGGUCGACACGCUGCGGGGGCUCGGCUGCGAACAGCCCUCCGCUGAAGAACUCUGGGACAUGCUGGAGGUGGAGAUGCGAGACUGCGGCCGUUUUGGUCUGGGCCUCGCGCUGGACAUGCUACCUAUCACGACGUGCGAGACUGGAGAAAUGCCCCGGCUGCGAGAGGGCGGCGAUUCUGGAGCUGGUGCCGGCCCAGCCUGGAGCUACCAGUGCACCGAGGAGUGCGCUCGACGCAUGGCGGGGCUCGUCAAGGAGCUGGUGGACAGUGGGCAACUGUAGCGGUGUCUGGGACGCCGCGCACCCCUCUCCAGUACAGGCGGCAUCGAGCACUCGCUACCCACCUGCAACGUGUUCAGCUGCUUGCGGCCAGCUGGAGCGUGCCCUCAGGCUGAGAGCAGCUGCUCUUCGGACACACAUCCGUUGCCGACUACUGACUUCUAAAACCAUACAUUUUAUUCUUAUUCAAGUGUGGAUCCUGCUGGACCACACAAUGUAUACUACAAAGGGCAUUACAGAAUUUUAUUUCAGCCCUUCUUUUUACCUCCACUUUUUCGGAAUGCGCUAUUUCCCUAUCCUCUGACUAAGUAAUUCUGGUCUUCUUGGGUUCUUCUGCUUGGUACGAAGUCCAGUCCUGAAAUUAUUCCAUACUGCAUUUUCUGUUUUAUUGUCUCUACAUCUUUAAGGUAAUCUACUUAUUCUACUUUUUAUUUAUUGUUAUUUAUUUUAUUUUUGUCUUUAUUUAUAAUAUUUGGAAAGAUUAGUGGUCUGAGACUCUGCCUUUCUCUUAAGCAUCUAAAAAUUCUGAUAACAUUAAAUUUUACAGGACCCUACCGACAAUAUUCGUGGAACGAUGAGUCACACACUGAUGAUAACUUAUUGUUGAAGGAUUAAUAUUUUUAAGGAUUGAGAUUAAUGCACAUGACUGUAUGUUUCUCAGAAUGAGAGACAUCGGUUGAACAUAGAUUACACUUUUCUAAAACCACUAUCGAAUAAAGUUACAACAUGUGUUCAGACGA